AUGGGCCGCCUGUUUCAGCUUCAGGAGAACUGUCUCCGGGCCAUGGGCCACACCGGCGGUCACGAGAAUAGCAUCUCCGAUGGAAAGUUGAGCGUGAAGCACAUAGUUUCCCUGGCCUUCGUCGUGUCGGCCCAGUACCCUCUUAUCUCGUACAUUGUCUACAAUCGCGAGGACAUGGAGAAGGUCACGGCCUGUCUAAGUGUUGUCCUCACCAAUAUGCUGACCGUGAUUAAGAUCACAACCUUUCUGGCUUACAAGCAGGACUUUUGGCGAAUGAUUCAGCGUUUCAGGGAAAUGCAUCAGCAAUAUGGGGACGGAUACGGUUACGUGGCAGCCGCCAACAAGGUAGCCUCCUUGCUGGGACGGGCCUAUUGCAUCUCCUGCGGCAUCACUGGCCUUUACUUUAUGCUCGGACCCAUUGUUGCCAUUAUUGCCAGCAAAUGGAGGGGCACGACAUACAUCCGAGAGCUGCCCAUGCCGAUGAAGUUCCCUUUCAACGAUGUCAACACUCCGGGCUACGAAGUGGGAUUCCUGUACACCGUCUUCGUCACCGUGGUCGUUGUUACCUACGCCUCUGCCGUGGACGGACUAUUUAUCUCCUUCGCCAUCAAUCUGCGGGCCCAUUUCCAGACCCUGCAGCGGGACAUUGAGAACUUCAACUAUGCCCUGUCGGAGCGAGAGGUUCGGGCAGCCCUGCGAUCUGUUGUGGACUACCAUGUGGAGCUGCUCUCUAUGUCCAAGCAUUUGCGUGUCAUCUAUACCCCCAUUGUUUUUGGACAGUUCUUUAUAACAUCGCUGCAGGUGGGAGUCAUAAUCUAUCAACUAGUCACGCGAUUGGACUCAAUUAUGGAUCUGCUAGUAUACCUCUCGUUUUUGGGCUCCAUCAUGUUGCAAUUGUUUAUGUACUGCUAUGGGGGAGAGAUUAUAAAAGUAGAGAGUUUAAAAGUUGACAUUGCUGUGCGACUAUCCGACUGGCACUUGGCCACCACCACCAUUCGGAAAUCUCUGGCCUUCAUCAUCCUACGCUCGCAGAGGGAGGUCCUGAUUAAGGCCGGCUUCUAUGAGGCCUCGUUGGCUAAUUUUGUGGCGAUUUGCAGAACUGCAAUGUCGCUGAUUACUCUAAUAAAAUCUAUCGAGUAG